AUGUCGGGCUGGACCUCUGACGACUUUGAGCCCGAUUGGGCCUGCAACCCCGACUACGAGUCCCUCGCUGUCUCCGACUACAAAGACGACUGGACCCCGGAGGUCAUACCCAUAGACUUCCUCCCCGUCCGAGAUAUCUUCGCAUCGGGGCUCGGCUUCAUGACAACGCAAGCCGUGUACCCCGUGUACGACGAAACGCUCCUCGCCUUCCUCCACCUCGCCACUAACGCCUUUGAAGCUAUAACUUUCACCUACCAGCGCACCGUCAGCUUCCGCAAGUUCCUGCUCCUCCCUGCGGAACUGCGCCUCAAGAUGUACACCGAGUACCUCAAAGCCGCAAGUAUAGAGGGCAAACUCAAGAAGCAUUUACACACCGACCACUUUGGGAAGGCCUGUUGCAUGUGGACGUGGCCGUCUGAGCUCACCAUCUGCGACCGCAAGUCCGAGAGCGAGCUCCCGACCGCCAAAUACGCACCGUGGCUCCCUGUACUUGCAUUCACCAACAAGCAGGUGCUGGGCGAAGUGACAAUCUGUAUGCUGCAGUCAACAGAGUGGUUUAUCUUCAAAUAUGAGGAAGCCAAGCUAUUUAAGAUUGUAACUUGGUUCGCAAACUGCUUGGCGACGUUUCCGCGCAUUGUAGCUAACGGUUUGGAGACGACAGAGGGUUUCGCGGUGAUCAGGAAGCUAGACUUCCCCCAUGCGAGCAGAUACCAUGAGCAUUGCGUCGGCCCGGUCGUCGAUGAGAAGAACCCAGACAUCUGUUUGAUGCUCGAGUGUGGACAGUUGGAUACGAUAGCAAUGUCUUUUCACUGGCGUCGGCUAGUCAAGGACUUUGAUACAAGGCAGCCGAGGGAGCUAGAGGACUUUCUGGAUUUCUUUCAUUUCCGGCCGAUGCUGGAGCAUGAGUCGAUGAAGAACGUGUAUCUGGAGAGGGUUUACCCGCGGGACGAGGAGGAGAGGACACUGGAGUGUAUGGAUGAGUUUGCAAAGUGGUUGGUUCGGGGAUACAGAGCGAGGGGUAGGGAGGUUAAUGUGUAUGUUCACAAGCGAUGGCGGGUUUUUCACCACAUGACGGUAGGAAAGAAAGUUGUGGUUGAGGAGGAGAAGAAGGCUGGAGAGGGCCAGACAGAGAAAACCGAGUAG